UUGAAACCGCUAACAUGACUCUUGUACCAAAAACGCCUAAGACUCCAAGCACGCCCAGAACUCCCACAAAGUCUCUUAGAAUUCCCAAGUCGACCUUGAAGAAUCCGCGGUCCUUGAAGGCACCAAGAACACUAAGGACACCCAGGAGGUUGAAAGCGUCAGGGAGGAGGUCCGCAAAGACUCCACGAGCCAAUGCCAAGCCCUUGACGAUUAGCGACAUGGUCUUUGAAGCCGUAGAGGCUCUGAAUGAUCGGAGAGGCGUCUCUCUGCAUUCUAUCAAGAAAUAUCUUCGCGACAACAAAAAAGUCGACACCGAAGCAAAGGCUGUCUCCAUCAAGAAACAACUCAAAGCCUUUGUGGAGGAAGGAAAACUUGUUCAAGUAGCAGGCACGGGCGCGAACGGGACCUUCAAGAUUCCUGGAAAGAAGACCACUUCACAGAAGACGUCCGCAUGCUCCAAGGUCGUCACCAAAGUUGCGAGCAGACCGAAGAUUGGAAAAAUACCAUCGGGCAAAAAAGACCAGCAGACUUUUAAGAAUACAACGAAUAUGCAACAGACAGUAUCAAAGAAGGCUUUGAAAGGGAAGAUGGGCAUGAAACGCCUGUGAAAGAUGCUGCAUAUCCGUAGUAUC